UGUCUCUCUCUAGAAGAGGCAGAAGGAAGAAAAAAAAUUGGAGAUUCCUUUUUUUCUCAUACAGAAGAAGAAGAAGAGGGAGAUCGGAGACAGCCGGCGAAGUAGCCGUAGCAUCAAUUCUCCAUUCUCCGGCGACGGCAUCCUUUUUUAUCCAAUGGACGACGACAACGCGAAGAAAUCCAACGGUUAUCAUCCCGCCUCUUCCAAUGGCGCCGGCGGCAAUUCCGAUCAACCGGUCCCCUCCGACAGGCCCCUUCGCGUCUACGCCGACGGGAUCUACGAUCUCUUCCACUUCGGCCACGCCCGCUCCCUCGAGCAGGCCAAGAAAUCGUUUCCGAACGCGUACCUUCUCGUCGGGUGCUGCAACGACGAGAUCACGUACAAGUACAAGGGGAAAACGGUGAUGACGGCAGCCGAGCGCUACGAAUCGCUUCGCCAUUGCAAGUGGGUGGAUGAAGUCAUUACGGAUGCGCCUUGGGUAAUCAACCAGGAGUUUCUUGACAAGCACAAAAUUGAUUAUGUGGCUCAUGACGCCCUGCCAUAUGCAGAUGCAAGUGGAGCUGGGAAUGAUGUUUAUGAGUUUGUUAAAAAAGUUGGGAGAUUUAAAGAAACUAAAAGAACUGAUGGGAUUUCUACAUCAGAUAUUAUAAUGAGGAUUCUGAAAGACUACAAUCAGUAUGUUAUACGCAAUUUGGACAGAGGAUAUACGCGAAAGGAACUUGGUGUUAGCUAUGUAAAGGAAAAACGACUGAGGGUCAAUAUGAGAUUGAAGAAACUACAGGAGAAAGUGAAAGAACAACAAGAGAAAGUUGGAGAAAAGAUUCAAACAGUGGCAAUGCAUCGUAAUGAAUGGGUGGACAAUGCUAAUCGAUGGGUUGUUGGUUUCCUUGAGAUGUUUGAGGAAGGUUGCCAUAAAAUGGGCACAGCCAUUAGAGAUCGAAUUCAAGAACGAUUAAUGGGACUGGAAUCCGAGGAGAUGCUCCUAAAUGGCAAGGACGACGAUGACGAGGAAUAUUAUUAUGAUGAUGAUGACGAAGACGAGUAUGAGUAUGAAGAUGGUGAGGAAGAGUAUUACGACGAUGAACAACAGUGCAGUACCGAUGAAAGUACUGAUGAAAACGACGAGAAGAAAACAACUUUUGAAGGAAAACGAUGAUGAUCUCUCCCUCCUUUAAUCUAUUAACACUUUUUUCCUUCUUGGUAUUUUUUAUUGGGUAUGUAAUAGGGUUUGAUUCGGAAUUCACUUUCAGGUUGUAAAGUAGAUAGUUUGUUAACAGUUGUGGGAUAUGAGUUUUGAGAGAGUGUAGCUCUGCUCUUAAUUUUUGAGAGAUGGACACCCAAAGUUCAAAACUUUACUGGUCCAUUUUGUGUCAUAUCUCUAAGUAUGAGUGAAUACAUUAUCGAACUAAUCCAGUCGUUCAUAUUUCUAGAGUCUUCAUCACAUAUAUGUACUAUCAUUUAUUGUGUGAGCGAGGGCUAGGCAUUAUUAAUUACAAGUCGAAACAGUAACAAGCAACAACCAUACAAUAACUGACGACCAAACUAUAACUCUCUCAAUCGUGUAACGAACAAGGACCAACAUGUGGGCUAGGAUGAUCGGGACGAUGGUGCCAAUGUUGGUUCAGUCUGUGGCUAUGACUGGCUCGGGUCAAGAAUCUGCAACUGGGAUAUAGCCAUAUAGGUUCCAACUUUGGAGUCUUCAAAUCCAUCAACCAUACAACUGUAGUUUGAUGAUGCUGCUGCUGCUGAUAACAAAAACAAACUGAUAGCGAUAGAAACCAUAUUAUAAAAUUGGUAUGAACUCGAAGAAAUGACAACCGGAAUAAAAAGCCACAAAUAAU